AUGGUGGAAAACCCCAGCCUGGCGGCCAAACCCGCCCUGCCGGCCGCCCCGCCGCGGGGGCCGGGGCCGGCGGGGGGGCUGCGCUUGGCGGCGGUGAUGGAGAGCCUGCAGCGGCAGCAGGCGGCCCGCCUGGCCCGCGGCCCCGACGGCGCUCCCCGACGGCCCCCGGUGGAGCCCGGCCCCGGCCCCGGGCCGCCGCCCGCCGCUCCCCGCCGCCGCCCGGCCUCCGGCCCGCGCCCGCCGCUCGCCGCUGCGGGGGAGGAGGAGGAGGACGAGGAGGAGGAGGAGGAAGAGGAGGAAGAAGGGGAGCCCCGCGACCCACCGCCACCACCGCACCACGAAUGGACCUACGAGGAGCAGUUCAAGCAGCUCUAUGAACUGGAUGAGGACCCGAAACGCAAGGAAUUCUUGGAUGACCUCUUUGGCUUCAUGCAGAAGAGAGGAACACCAGUGAACCGCAUCCCCAUCAUGGCCAAGCAAGUGCUGGACCUGUACACACUGUACCAGCUGGUGACAGACAAGGGUGGCCUGGUCGAAGUCAUCAACAAGAAGAUCUGGCGGGAGAUCACCAAGGGUCUCAACCUACCUACCUCCAUCACCAGUGCUGCCUUCACCCUCCGCACACAAUACAUGAAGUACCUGUAUCCCUACGAAUGUGAGAAGCGGGCGCUCAGCUCUCCUGGAGAGCUCCAAGCUGCCAUCGACAGCAACCGUCGGGAGGGGCGCAGGCAGACUUUUGGCACAGCACUCUUCAACUACUCGCCAGCCAGCACCCCAACCCUGCUGGGCACCCCCAAAAUGCCUCUGCCAGCUCUUAGCAUCUCCACUCACAGCUGUGGCCAGCUCAGCCAAGUGCACAGCGUUAAGAAAGAGGAUGGAAUGCUGGCAGCAUCAGUGCCGGGGCGCAUCGCUAUCCCGGUGGGACUGGCCAGCCACCAUCUCACAGCAGCCCAAGCAGCAGCUGCCUCACAGGCAGUGGUGCUGGAGCAGCUGCGGGAGAAGCUGGAGACAGGGGAGCCCCCAGAGAAGAGGGUGGCCCUGACAGCAGAGGAGCAGCAGCGGCUGGUGCAACAUGCACUUCAGCACAACCUCCUGGCCAUGGCCUCCCAGUUCCCCAUGAACAUCAAGAUCUCCAACCGAGAUGACAGACAGGAGACCGCAUUGAACCUGUCCACCAACAGCAUUAGCAGUAUCAACAUGUCAAUAGAAAUAAAUGGAGUUGUCUACACAGGUGUCCUGUUCGCUCGCCGGCCCUCAGCCACCCUGGCACCUGGUGGAGGGAGCACCCAGACCCGUCCAAACCCCAUGCCAGCCCCAAACCCCCUGCUCCCAGCCUCCUCUCAAAGCCACACUCCCACUAGCACCUCGCUGUAA